GGGAAACAUAAAAGAACUCACAGCCCGACUACUCUCUGGAUGUUGGUUGUCUUUGUACUUUGACCUUUGUAUACACGCCACCACUCUCACAUCGAAUAGAGAGCAGAGGAACUACCCUUUUUUUCGGAGACUUAUACGAGUGACCGCAGAAGAAGCAACCACUCGAUGAAACACAAACAAUGACUUCCCACCUUCAGCCUCCUAACCACUUCCGUCACUCAUCUCCAGCUUCUACAACUUCACAAGCUAGGCGAUCUUCAGUCACUAGCAGUAUGGGCUCAGAAUCUCCACCAGCCGGCUUCUUCUCGACCUUUUCUGUGGUCGACCCGAACGGAACUAAUGGAUUCGAGAACAGUGCUGGCAUCGGAGGCACAACUCGAGCCCAGAAACGGAAUAGGCGUGUCUUUGUGUGCAUUCCAUGCCACAAGAGAAAGUUAAAGUGCGACAAGAAUCUGCCUUGUGGCAGAUGUGUAGCUUAUGGUGCGGCCGAUGAAUGCGUAUAUCAGGCUUUAACAUCGGCUUCUACAUCGCCGGCAUCUUCUGGUCCAACAACAUAUGCAGCAAGCAGACAAGAACCCGCACUCGAACGGCGAAGCUCAUCGCGUGCCUCAUCUCGGGGCGGGACCAGGGAUCAUCCACCCCGAUAUGCAUAUCGUUCAAUCGAUGGGAAGUGCCGAGCCACGGGAAUCACACACUGGACUGUGGUCGCUAGCGAGUUUGAAGAAGCUUGCCCGUAUUUAUUUGGCUCUGACAUUCAGUGGCAACCACGGUAUCGUCAACUCAAGAACCUCAAGUACUUCUUCACUUCGCUCUCGGGGGCCAAUUUUCCAUUCAGCAACAGCAGUUCCUAUACUCCAAGCAAGAACGAGAUCCUAAACAACCUACCGCCACGAAACACUGUCGAUGCGCUACUGGGAAACUAUUUUAUGACAUUUGAGUCGACACAUCGAUUGCUGCAUCCGGCACAGUUCCAGGAGGAGAUCGAGGCUUUCUGGACGGACCGGGAGAACACCGACGACAUAUUCCUGGCGCAGCUGUGCGUAAUGCUCACACUUGGCUGUCAGUCGGCCCCGGAAACACUCUUCGAGGGGACUGGGCGUAUGGCUUCCCAAUGGACCGAGCUUCUCCUGGACGGUGCCCAAAUCUCGCUCGGUCGAUCCCCCUAUAUGCUAAUGCCGACCCUUGCCACGGUAAGAACCCUCUGUAUGAUGACUCUGUGCAAGAUGAUCGGGCUCAGGGGCACGAGCUCCUGGCAGGUUUCAACCAUGAUGGGGUUCGUCGUGAGGAUGGCCACCUCCAUGCAGCUUCACCGAUCUGCAACAAUAUUCCCCGGCGUGCCCGAGUUUGAAGCCGAGUGCAGGAGGCGAGUCUGGACGACCGUUCAGCUGCUGGACUUGGACGUGGCCAUGUGGGCCGGCACCGUACCGAUUGCUCGCGACCAUGACAACGAACCGCCUUUGAGCAUUAACGAUUCGGAUAUCCGCCAGGACCCGACGUCCCUCGGAGACAGUCAGGGGUCUGCGUCUCCCGGCUGGGUUAUCGAUAAUCUCUGGGCCGCCAGCGAGUACACGGAUGGUGCUUUCCAAUCAAAGUUGGCCGAGGUGAUUCCACUGCUCUCCGAGGUCAUGGCUACCGUCAACUCCAUCUCUGCCACAAGCCCGAGGUACGGUGGCGUCCCCGGUGGUUUUGAGCAUGAAAAGUUCAUGAGGCUUGACAAGCGCAUCAGGUCACGUCUCAAGGAGGUGGAAGCAUUACUUGCAUCCGGUCGAGGGGUAAGUCGCUCGGAUCGACAGGGCGUGCUGGGAGGUCAACUGCAGUUUGUCCGGGUUCUGGCACAUAGAACCUUGUUAGCACUGCACCACGCCUUUGCGAGAGGUUAUACGUCACAGACAGUGCGUCAUGAACAGUCGCUCCGUGCAACUCUCGAGUCCUCGCUGGCACUACUCAACAUCCAGCAGCACGUCGCAGCCGACACGACACUGGCCACUCUAGCUGUCUCCACCACAAUGUUAGAUCCGUCCAGCGCCGUACGUGGACGAUCCAGGUCGACAUGUUCAUCUCCUGGGCUAUCACCGGCCAUCCUAUCGGCAGCCGGCGUCCCGAUCCACGCCGGCGGUGACUCACGCAGGUGGCUGCUCGACCUCUGCAGGGACGACUUUAGCGUCGCGGCCGCGUACGUAAUCCUCGCCCUGCGGAGAGGCGACUUUGACGACUGCGACGGCGCGGCCUCCCCGGACUCAGCCGCCGCCGCCCUCCGGCAGUCGCUGGUGGUGGUGCGCGCCAGGGCCUGCCGCACCCUCCUCCACUUCAAAGACUUUACGGGGCUCAGCAUCCUCGCGGCCUGUCUGAGCUACGUCAAGACGGACCCGCGGCGGUUCGACGCCAGCAGCCAGGGCGCGGGCCUGCUACCCGUCAUGAUGCAGGUGGCGCAGGACCUCGAGGACGUCAUCGUCACGGGCAAGUCCGACGUCAUUUGGUCGUCGGCCACCGCUGUCCAUGCAACCUCGGGUGUCCAGAUGGGGUCGGCCAUGUUGCAUCAACAGCAGACGGGUCACAUGUUAGCGCAGACGACGCAGCCGUCGCCGCCCAUGAUGUCGCAUCAUUCCCACCACGUCCCGCACACGGCUGCUCCUCAUCAGGAUCCGUUUGGUGCCAUGAUGGGGAUUGGGUUUAUGGGGUCGUUUCCGUGA